GAUGUCGCUCUUACUGACUGUUUUAGAUAAGCUGACAUAUUUGCUCUCUUUAAUUGCGAUUUGCGUCAGCGCGUCCAAUAGCUGGUUGAGGUGAAAUCAGAUAAUGUCUUACGUUCCGUGAGUUGAGUGUGAAUGAGUUGGUGUAUUUUUAUUCCACAGACAUUGGAUAAGCGACCUUGCUCUGUGUAACUGGAAGUAGACAGCGAGCCACCGGUAAGAGACCAGCACCAUGCUGCUCCAGUGGAUCCUGAGGCCGUGUCCAGUGUUUGUGUUGGCGCUGUGCGUGUUGGCGCUGUGCGUGUCGGCCAGCGAAGACUUCGACUGGACCAAGAACCAACGCGGAUCAUUCUUCUACGGCACUUUCCCAACUGGGUUUUCCUGGGGGGCCGGGAGCUCUGCGUACCAGACAGAAGGUGCCUGGGACAAGGACGGCAAGGGGAUGAGUAUCUGGGAUGUGUUUUCCCACCAGAAGGGAAAGAUCUUCCUCAAUGACACUGCAGAUCACUCCUGCGAAGGAUAUUACAAAUUCAAGGAGGACAUUGCUUUGAUGAAGGACAUGAAGUUUAACCACUAUCGUUUCUCCAUCUCCUGGCCAAGGAUCUUACCCAAUGGAAUCAAAAAUGACCACAUCAAUGAGAAGGGAAUCAAAUACUAUGACAACCUAAUCAACACGCUUCUGGACAAUAACAUCACACCCAUAGUGACUCUCUACCACUGGGAUCUGCCACAGGUCUUGGAGGAAAAGUAUGGUGGAUGGCAGAAUGUCAGCAUGGUGAACUACUUCAACGACUUUGCCAACUUGUGCUUUGAGCGGUUUGGGAACAGAGUCAAGUAUUGGAUCACAUUCAACAACCCAUGGUCCAGUGCUGUGGAAGGUUAUGAGACGGGGGAACACGCACCAGGGCUGAAACUCAGGGGCACCGGGGCCUACAAAGCUGCUCACCACAUGAUCAAGGCACACGCUAAGGUCUGGCACACAUACGACACUCAGUGGCGAAGCAAGCAGAGAGGCAUGGUUGGGAUCUCGUUGUCGGCGGACUGGGGGGAGCCAGUGGACGUCACCAACCAGCGAGACAUUGAGGCAGCUGAGAGAUACGUCCAGUUCUACCUAGGCUGGUUUGCGACCCCCGUCUUCAACGGAGACUACCCCCAGGUCAUGAAGGACUACAUAGGCAGGAAGAGUGCCCAGCAGGGUCUGGGAACCUCCCGUCUGCCCGUCUUCUCCACCCAGGAGAAGAGCUACAUCAAAGGCACCUGUGACUUCCUGGGCAUUGGCCACUUCACCACGCGCUAUGUCACCCAGAAGAACUACCCGCCUGGCCGCGGGAGCAGCUACUUCACCGACCGCGACCUGGCUGAGCUGGUGGACCCUCGCUGGCCUGACCCCGGCUCCGAGUGGCUGUAUUCAGUCCCCUGGGGAUUCAGACGCAUGCUCAACUUCGUCAGGAGCCAGUACGGGAACCCCAUGAUAUAUGUGACUGAAAACGGGGUGUCGGAGAAGAUGCGCGGUUGCACAGACCUGUGUGAUGAUUGGAGGAUGCAGUACUUCAAGGAAUACAUCAAUGAGAUGCUCAAAGCGGUUAAAGACGGAGUGAACGUGAAGGGCUACACCGCCUGGUCGCUCCUGGACAAGUUUGAAUGGGACGAAGGUUACUCCGAGAGGUUUGGCCUGUACUACGUGGACUUCCGCAACAAGAAUAAACCACGUUACCCAAAAGCCUCCGUUCAGUACUACAAACGCAUCAUCAGCUCCAACGGUUUCCCUAACCAGAGAGAGGUGGAGAGCUGGAAAAGGAAAGCGACAGAGACAUGCUCCUCCAGCAACCAACUGCUAGCUGCAGAUCCGUUGACGGGUCACAUGGAGAUGGUGACGGAGAUCGUGGUUCCCACAGUGGGUACUCUGUGUAUCCUGCUGGCUGCUGUGUUCCUCAUGUUCCUGCUGCGUGGACGCCUCUAGAACACAGAACCCAAGAUCUACACACAGACACAAACACACACGCAUACACACACAGUACAUUUGCAAACGCAAUGAAUGAAUGCACAUUCUGCUGAUAUGCAAGUGCACACACACACACACGCACACAGCUUCACACACACACACACACAGCUUCACGCACCCAUAACAAACACUCUUGAUGCUUCCGUAUUCUGUGUUAAACACAAUGCCUCUGCAGCUAGUAACAAAACGGAGUAGGAACUCAAGGCCUCUUCAUCCUCUGCCAGUUCAUCAUGAGGCAGCUGUUGAUUUCAGUGUCAUGUCCAUUUAAAGUGGGAAUCAGCCCUUUAGAAAACAAUAACCAAAGAUCCAGCCUGCUCUUGUUUUUGUAAAAAGCAGUGGGAGGGGGCUGGAGAAAUGUAACCCACUUUAAAUUCACAGACAGAGGACGUAAGAACCGACCAUCUGUAGUAUCACCACAUUAGUUUGAAACACGUUUUGAGGCUGUGGAGUUGUUAGUAGAGAGGUUUCCAUUUCAUUUGUUUACAGAGAAUGGAUAAAAACCGGCUGAUAUUUCAGGUUGGGUCCCACAGCCACUCUGAGCUCAUGAGGCAUUCAUAACGUUUUUUUAAAUCAAUGGAUAAAUAUAAUUAAUUUAUAGUUUAUACAAAUUAAUUUAGCCACCCAUAAUGCCACAGAUUCCUGUGUACCUGUGUAUCAUGAGUUCACAUGGACUUUAUUAUAAAAUUGUUAAAAAUCAAAACAUCCUAAUUGCAUGUGUCAGAUUUCACAAUGAAUGAAUUCAGGCUUGGUCUUUGAUGUGAUUUAAAGUAGGAUUUGUUUAAAACAAUUCUUACAUAGAUAUUUUUAAACAAACAUUUGUAGUUUGAUGUACUGACCAUUUUGACUUGACAAUGAUAGCUGUCUUUUUUUUUUUUACCAGACUAAGUUUAUCUUUCUUUUACAUUGAUAUUUCUCCAGGGACAAUUGUGGACACAAGACAGUUUAACAAGGAACAUCUCAAAUUCCAUUAAGUUAAUCAAGUGCUCAUGUACAUAACUCUUUUGUCUUGAAAAUUAAAUGUCAAUAAAAGAUUCCACGACAUUUGGAAACAGUUAAUCUUCUUAUAGAACUGAAGAAGCUCAGCCUGAGAAUUGGAAUGUACGCACUCAGUGUCAGCCAAUGAGAAUGCAGCAACGCUCAUAUUAGGAGCGCAAACCUGGCAUUAAGUCCUCCCAAAUAUUAAACCCAAUGAGCUAUCUCCUGUCUCUUCCUCCAAAUAAACGCAGUUUAAAUGUUCACCCACGGAAGCCUUAAGUCUGCUCACCGAGUGAAACCCUGAAAGGGAGGGCGUCGACAUCACACAGAAAAAUGCACCAUCUCUUGCUGCCUCGCCUUCACAGUAAAAAGCGUGCAGACGGCACCUUCCAGGGCCACUGUCGAAGGGCCUCCUGUGCCUAGUGAAAACCCAACAGACUAUAGAGGGGUCGUGAGUCUCGCCGCCCAGCAGGAGGGACUUGGAACGGCAACAGAUGGAAAAUUCACAUUCUUCAAAGGCAGGAUCCUCGAAACACUAGGGGCAGUUAUUAACGUAUUAAUGGCUAAACAGAGUGGCUGUUUACAAGGGCGUUGUAGUCGGGGAUGGCGGGCGAGUGUUUCCACAAUCGACUUUUAGUCUGAUGGUAGCGAGUUUGUUUCCAGUGAGAGGUGUGACAUUAACAUUAAUCCUAACCCAACCUCAGUACUGUGAUGCCUUACUGUAACCUAAC